AUGGCGUCGAAACUGCAGAAGGGGAAGCCCCUGGGCAUUGAAGUGCCGCCGGUGGAUUUGCCCCCCCGGAUCGCAGCCUUGUUUGUGAUCCGCUUUGACAUCAAGACCGGAUAUGUGGUCUCCUGGAAGCGUUCCCUGCCCGACGUCGAAAUCGAUGGCGUUGUUGAAUACAAGUCGCUUCCCUCUGGGCUGCACAAUGUGGCCGAAGAUCUGGUGUACUUUGUUCAUGAGAAAUGCGCUGGCGUCAGUUACUUUUUGAACAAACCAGCUGGUGAAACAGAACGGAAUGCGAUGAUGUUCUCCAUCGGUGUCUUAGUGCCGCUGAGUCUUGGACGCCUGGGAAAGGGCUGGAAGCAUGCACGGCACAUCAAAGAAUUGGCACACGAGUACGUGAAGGAUAUGUCGAAUACGCAACUGUUGUCCGAAUAUUGGGAGACACAUCAAAUCCGGGAAUCUGAGUCAUUUGAUGGAAUUCCCGAUUCCCCCCUUGAUUCGCCUGUUGGCAUGUUCAAAAACCCUGGGGAGCUAUUGCGGGGUCAAAUAUCCAGUGAUGUGAUGGUAUUGGAAUCGCCUAGACCGGGGCUGGCACCAUACCACCCGGCCUCAUCCUUGCCUGAAUUCAUUGACUGUUUCGGUCCCUUAGUCUUUCCGCUGUAUAGGGCAGCGUUGCUGCGCAAGAGAAUCCUUUUGGUUACUGAAGCCCCAGUGCAUUUACCCAGUGACUAUGUGUAUGCCUUGUCCUUGAUAUCAUCCUUGCCUAAUUCUCUUAUUCCCUUACUCCCAUCGGUUGAUUUCCCAGCGCAUCGACCGCGCCCGCUUUUCAACAUCGGAGUCCAUGAUAUUACCUUGCUCUCCUCUUUCGUCGGGACAGAUUCCAGACCUGGAAAGGAUCGAAGCUGGAUCGCCUGCACGACUGAUAGUGUUCUGGGUAUGAAAUCCGACCUCUACGAUGUCAUGGUGACUCUGCCACCGCCGUAUUCGAAGAAUGCUGCGAAGAAGGUGUAUCCCCAGAUCGUCAUGUCAUGCGGAAAAGAUAGAAAGAUCAAGCGCAACUCGGUACAGGUACCGCAUCUCAAAGCAACACAGCGGGAUGUUCGGCGUUUCACCACCCUUCGCAAGGGAAUGCGCCGAUUCUUUCACAGUGAAAACCCCUCAUCAAUAGGACCUGAUGAAGAGGACUUUGAUACGGCAUCAACUUUCUCCUCAGCCUCUAUUGUCGAGCCACUCCCCUGGCCCCGCCGUGCCUACACGUCUUUCAUCUGGUGGGCAUCCGCAGGCGAGAAGCGCGGCGGUCUAACUGAAGACGAGGAAGAGCAAGACGAGCAAGACGAAAGACUCUUAAUCACCGGAGACAACAUUUCUAGCCCACCUACCGAGUUACCAGUCGUCGCCCUGGUGACAUACUUCCGCCGACUGACGACGCAAAUCUUCGUCACCGUAUCUGAUGCAAUCACCCGACAAGACGGCGAUGAUAACGAUGAAUCAGGUCUCCACGAUGAUGACGACGAAUCGGAAGAUGACGACGAUCCGCCGUCUACAGAGGGUGAUGACUCCCGCGUACCACUGCUGGACCGGAGAAACCCAAACCCAACAUCUCGCACUGAGGAACGGGAACGGCGCGGUAGAAAAAGAAAGGGAAACGACCGUGAUACUGUGAAAAUCACCACAGCAGACAUGAUCCAAAUGGGUCUCGAUGUCUGGAGUGCUACAGACCGCAUCUUCGUCCAGCAAUUAGUCUCCAUAUGGUGGGGUCGGGAAGCGGUCGUCCAGGGAGCGCGGAUAACGUGCUGUGGCAUUCCUAUUUUCUAA